GCUGAUGACAUGCCUGCUUAUCAUCCUCAAAAGUGACGACGCAGCAGUUCACCUGAAGCUAAAUGCCAUAGAUUGCACGUCAACAGAAAUUUUCAUAGUCGCUGUGUCCGGAAUGAUGAUCACCUGCAUAAGCAUCCUCACGGACCUCUUCCUUCUCGUCGGAAUUGAAGAUAACUGCCGGGUGGCGAUGCGCCUGUUCACUUGGUGGAACAGCUUCUGCAUAUCACUCAAAUGUAUGCUGGUAAUUGGCGCUCUCACCUGGAAGGUCACCAGGGAAAAUGUGAGUUAUGACGUUCUUGUUCUCCAUAAUAUGUCAUUUACAUAUGCGCCAAUUGCUCCGAGAUUUAGCCUCAUUACUGCUUAUACCUUCCGGCUUUUAUUUCAGUUCACAGUGAUUAUCCGCUGGCUGUUACUAAUAAUUGUCGCCCUGAUGAUUAAGAGUCACUACACACGUCGAGUGCACGCCUACUACCGACAAGUGAAGCCCCUGAACACCCUACAAUCAAUGUUAAAGGGGACGGCGAGGGCAGCUGCCUUGAACUUGGAGCAGCAAAACAACCCAGGACAAUCCGAAAGCAAGAAAGAUGGCUUGGACCACUGACCAGAAGCAAUUAUAAAGGCAGCCCGAUGCAGCAGCCAGCAGCCUACCUCAAACUGGACACUCUUCAAUCAUACCCACACUUUGUCACUGUAAAGACACUGCAUGAAUGAUGAAAAAGCAUCUUGCACCUCAUUUCAUGGACAAUGCCCCAUAG